GGUUCAGGAAAAAAAUGACCUAAAAACGUGUCUAUAAAUGUAAUAGCAACACAACGCCAAAUUGCAUAUUUGGUUAAGCUACUCCAACCCUGCUCCGGGCUGACAGAAACUCAGUUGUGUGGGGUCAAUGAAGCCAGUUAUGGCUCUCAGGAAAAGACAGGAAACCAGAGCAAUUGUCUCAGAUUUCAACCCUUCAGUGUCCAGCACUGUGACGGAAGGAAGUGAAAAGCUCUCUAGAAAUGGAGAAGAUCCAAAUCCAGAGGAGCCUGAGCCCAGCAAGCAGGAUGGCCAACCACCCUCACACACUCCAGCAAGAUUCUGUCUUAGUGAUGGCUCUGGGGAUGAAUCCAUCUGUGGAGAACGCCCUCCUGAGCCUGACAGAAUGGAGGAGGACUCACUGUCCGGGUAUGACAAUGGAGGAUUUGGGGAGGAGGAAGAAGAGGAAGAGCAUGAUUAUGAGGAAGAUGAGGAGCUGCAAACCGAAGCAGACAGAAUGACCUACUAUGUCACUUGUUGUCCUGAGGAUGAGAGUUACAUGGAAGGAAUGGACUGCCAUGAAGGAGCGGACAGUGUUGAGUGUCCCAACAUAUCCCGGGACAUCAGAGAGAGCUGUAAAGCAGAAGAGGCCUGGGGGCACUCGGAAGGAUUUUACAAAGUAGUGCAGCAAGAGAAGACAACGUUGGUCUACGAAAGACCAGCGCCUAUCACGGAGAUAACCUUUGUACAAGCCCCCAUAGCUGAGGAUGAAGAGGAUGAAGAGGAGACAGAGGAAGAGGUUGAAGAAGUGGACAGUGAAGACGAUGGGUAUUUCCCCUAUGAAGGGAAAAAAACAGAGGAGAACAAUAAUAAGAUCCAACAUGAAGAUGAUUAUGACUUUCUAAAAGACAGCAGAAGAUUUUUCCAAGUUCAAUCCAGUCAUGCUAAGUUUAGUCAAGGAAAUGAUGCAAUAAGUGACUACAGAAGGAACCAUGAAUUCCCCAAAAACCAAUGGGACGUUACUCCAGGGUCAAGUUGUAGUCUUAGGGAUGGAUUGGAAAGGGCUAGGGAAGAGUAUACUAAAGAUUUUCCAAAAGAUUGUGAUGCUCUAGUGGCCAGAGGAGGUACAGGAGAUCUUAGACAAAGCACCAUGUGUGGAGGACAUACAGUUGAGAGGGUACACAACAGAGACACUGCUUACCAGGAGGGUAGAGGUGUCACUGAAAAAAUGAAAUGUGCAGAUCCAGAGGACAGAGGAGCUUGGAAAAAACAGUAUUCUUUGAAAAACUCUAGAGGGGACAACAAGGAUACAGAUGUGGAACUUUUAUACAAGCAAAGUAAAAGUCCUGGAGACAGCAAAAUCAAAGGACAUGAGCGUUCAUUUUGUAGUCACAAACCGAAGGGUGAAAGAGAGAGGCAAAGCUGCGGGGAUGUUGAUGAAGAUAAAACUGAGAACCAAGUUAAGGCCAAACUGAAAGUUAUACCACAAAACACAGGAAGGGACAAAGGUGCACCUCAACAGACAAAUAAUGGGAGGGGUGCUCCUGACAGUCCUAGGGCCUCUGCAACAUCAUUAUGCAGGAGAAACAGCCAACCCAGAGCCCAUGUUAACACACCUAUACAGUCCCCAGACAAAAAGCUCCAUAAAGACUCCAUAAAGGAAAAGAAGACGAGGCCUAGUCAAGAACAGGUAACUUUGCAUAAACAAAGGAGCUUACAUUUGUGUUUGGAUCCAAACAUUCUAAAAUCUAGAAAUCCAACCCAGAGAAAUCUAUCUUUCCCAAGCUUUGUGGAUAUCCCUGGUCCAUGUGAGCCAGAGGAUCUCAUCAAUGGAAUCAUCUUUGCUGCAAACUACCUCGGGUCGACCCAGCUGCACUCUGACAGAAACCCAUCUAAAAGUGUACGCAUGAAACAAGCGCAGGAAGCUGUGGACUGUGUGAAGUCUGAAGAGGGGGAAGCUCAGAGCUUGACAGAGGUCGACCUGUACAUCUCAACAAAGGCGAUCAAGGUGCUCAAUGCUGACACACAGGAGACGAUGAUGGACAACGCUCUCCGCACUAUCUCAUAUGUCGCAGACAUCGGCAGUGUGGUGGUUCUGAUGGCUCGCAGGCAUCUGCCUAACACUUCCUCACUUGACUGCACAGAUUCAGGCCUCAAUGCAGAGAGUCUCAAGCAGUAUCGCAUGAUGUGCUACGUGUUUGAGUCAGAGGAUGCCCAGUUCAUCGUUCAGUCCAUCGGUCAGGCAUUCAGCAUGGCCUACCAAGAGUUCCUGCGAGCCAAUGGGAUCAACCCCAAAGACCUAAGCCAGAAAGAAUACAGUGACAUCCUGAACACACAGGAGAUGUAUAAUGAUGACCUCAUCCAUUUCUCUAAUUCGGAAAACUGUAAAGAGGUUCAGCUAGAGAAGCAGAAGGGAGAGAUACUUGGUGUGGUGCUCGUGAAGUCGGGCUGGGGCUCCAUUUUGCCCACCUUCAUCUUGGCAUGUAUGCUGAACAACGGCCCAGCCGCACGCUCGGGCAAACUCAAUGUGGGCGAUCAGAUCAUGGCUGUCAAUGACACCAGCCUGGUGGGCCUGCCCCUUGCCACCUGUCAGGGCAUCAUCAAGGGUUUAAAAAAUCACAUGCAGGUAAAACUGAGUGUGGUGACUUGCCCACCUGUUACAACUGUCCUUAUUAAGAGACCAGACCUGCAGUACCAGCUUGGCUUCAGUGUUCAGAACGGCAUAAUCUGUAGUCUGAUGCGAGGUGGGAUUGCAGAGAGGGGAGGGGUGCGUGUCGGCCACAGAAUAAUUGAGAUAAACAGACAGAGUGUGGUCGCUAUGGCGCAUGCGAAAAUCAUCCAUGCCCUGUCAGUAUCUGUAGGAGAGAUUAAUAUGAAAACUAUGCCAGCCAUCAUGUUCAGAUUGUUAACUGGCCAAGAGACUCCAGUGUACAUCUGAGAAAUCAUAAAAAUGGGAACUUCUGCUGUUUGAUAUAAAAAACAUGUAUUGCUCCUUCUAAAAAG